AAAAAAUAAAACAGAUUUGUCAUCAGUAGGACAUCUCUGACUAAACCAAUUGAAACAACGCGACGAGAAUAAAGAGAGAGAGAUGGGAGCAUUGAUCUCACUUUCCAGUUCACUAGUGAGUUAAGUGAACCGUAUCCUCAAACAUGCAGACUAUUGUCCACCCUGUGGCAGACUAAAAGCUCCAGUACUAGUGUUGGGGGAAAUGUGGCAAGAAACAUCGUCCGCAAUGAAACCAAAACUGAGAGACAACUUGCAUAAGCUUCAGGCAAUCCAAGCUUUCACUGAGGAGAGUCGAGUCAGAGAUGAGUUCUCUAUGUUUGUGUCAGAAACCAGUUUCACGCCUCUCAUCGUCAUCUACAACUCCACCUCGUUCUUGAAACGUCUGAUCUGGAUCCUCGUGGUCCUGGCUUGUUCUGGCUGGACAGCUGUACAGUGCUACUGGCUAUUGGAUAGAUUCUUGGCUUACCCUACUGAGGUGAAAAUUGAGCUCAAAGCUGCAUCUGAGCUCGAGUUUCCAAGUGUAACAGUGUGUAAUUUGAACCCGAUUCGAAGAAACGAGAUUAAUAACGAACCUUUCAAAGGCCUGGCAGAGUUUAUAGAGCCUGUAACGUCUGAUGUACUCUUCAAACAAAUGAUCAAAUCUUGGACUUUUCCAGGAGAAUGCCCGAAGGGCAAAUAUAAAUGUAGCAACGGCAAGUGCAUAGAGUACACUCAAGUCUGUGAUAAAAAAGACAACUGUGGAAACAAUGACGAUGAAGACCAUUGUAAUGUUUUCAGGUGUCCUAGUGAAUACUUCCAGUGUAAGUCAGGAAGAUGUCUCAAUACUACCUGGCUGUGUGACACUAAGCCCGACUGUGAGAAGGGUGAGGACGAGUACCCCAACAACACUAACUGUACAGAAGCAUCCGUAACGGGGUCAGAAGAUUCGUCACAAAGUGCAUAUCAUGCACCAACGGAUACAACAACUCAAUUUUUUGCAAGCUCUCAGAACUCUACGACAGCAAGCUCAUCUAGCGAUUCUCACAACUCUACGACAGUGAGUUUAUCUGCCAACUCUCAGAACUCCACAACAAGUGCAUCUCCUAGAUACAAAAGACGAGCUGACACAGCCAAUGUCCAUGUAGGAAAUAACAAUCAAGGCGUUCCCAUUGCAAUUCUGGACAAACUACAAUCUAUGAACUAUGACCUGAACACAGAACACGGGAGAGAACUUGCAACAGAAGCACUCUACAAGAGCUAUGUCAACUUUAUGAAAUUGCAUAGACAAACGGAACUGAAAGGUCGAUCCAACAAUUUCAGAAAGAUCAGGUCAGCGAAUGACUUUGAUAGGUCAAGUUCCCCCUUAAACUGGACAGAUGUCCUCUCCAACUCUUCAUUCUGCAAAUGGGAGGCAUUGGACCAGUCCAGGGACAACGUAACAACGUUUUACGCAACAAAGGACGAUGAGUAUUUGGCAUCCAUGGCAUACAGCUACAUCACUGCCAAGCUUAACCAAUCCAUUGUGGAGAAUGCCGGACACAGGAAAAACGACUUCAUAGCAUCCUGCAAGUUUGAUAGUCGCUUUUGUUCCCCAGCGAAUUUCUCGUACCUCCACAAUCACAAGUACGGGAACUGCUACACUUUCAACCAUCAAAAUGAAAACACUACACAGAAAACAAAAUUCCCGGGACCUGGUCACGGUCUUGUGUUGGAACUUUUCAUCAAUCAAGGUCAGUAUGUUGCCAAUCUAGCACCUGAAGCAGGAGCCCGUGUUGUUAUUCACAAGAAGGGCACAAUGCCUUUUCCAGAAGAUGAGGGCAUUGCUGUAAUGCCAGGACAGUCCAUAUCCAUUGGGAUAAGGCAGGUGACUUAUAACAGGCUGCAGCCCCCUCAUGGGACCUGCAGUGACAGCCAAAUGACCACAGACUAUUAUGCUAAAUACAAAGGGACAACACUUAGCAAAUUAUCUUGCUUGAAGUCCUGUUAUCAGGAUCUGAUCCUCGAAACUUGCAAAUGUGCGGCACCGUUUUAUUACAUCAUAGAGAAUGGCACCAUCUGCAAUAUGACCAACAAUGUCACAGAAGAAUGUGUCAAUCACUUGCCACAAACCGUACCUGAUCGCUACAAGCUAUGUGAUGAUUUGUGUCCACAGCCUUGCUCAGAAACUCGUUAUGAGCUGCACUCAUCCCAAGCAAUGUGGCCAUCUGAUCAAUAUGAGAGUUAUCUAUUGCAAAGACUGAAACAAACAAACGCUCUGUAUAUAAAAGUAGAUAAUAGUCAAAAAGAGUUUGCCAAGAUUCAGAUCUAUUAUCAAGAUUUGAUUUAUCAAGAAAUCACAGAACAAAAGAGCUACGAGAGCAUGAACCUUAUAAGCGAUUUUGGAGGUCAACUCGGACUGUGGUUGGGUCUAUCUGCCAUUACCAUCGGAGAGUUCUGCAGCUUUUUAUGCUCCAUGUGCCAUUCUCUACCAUCAGCCUGUAGAAGCACCAAAACUAGACUGACUAAGACCAGUCCAGUCAGUCCACUCCAGCCUGCUACGCUUGAAGAGAUGUAUGAUGAUGUCUCCAAACUGGCCAUCUAUGACCUACCGGACAUCGCUGUUCCUGCGAAACUAAAUUAAAUCGGAUGGCGAUGCGGAACAACUGAAACAAGAAAAACACUAGCAAAAUUUAAAAAAAAAAAAAAACACAACUUUUAAAAAAACAAAGCUUAUAUUAAAUGUAUUAAUUAGUUUGGAUCAGUCAUGUAAUGUAAUCUAGACUAAUGAUAAUAAAUCUGUGUGAUUAGAAAUAUUUUUUACCAGUUGUUUUUGUUUAGCGCAAUUUCAUGCUAUUAGCUUUCUCAAUACGCUACGAUCCUAACACUGCUCGUCCCUAUCAUUCCCCACUUCGGUGGACGAUAAAAUACGAAUAUUGAACUUGUUAUUACAUCCCUAAAGCCUAGAACAACUAAAACAUUUCACGAUUGAAAUCGCAGCUGUUAAAUUUACCAGAAACAAUUUCAAACUAAUAUGUUAUUAAAGCCGAAAUAUCUUAAUAGUGUCCUUCCAUUUAAUCACUUUAUUAACACUAGUUCGGCUCGUAACUUUUGUUCUAUUUUGUAUUUCAAUGUUUAUUUCUACAUAGAUCAAGAUCUAGAUCUAAAUCUUAUUCCUCUCUUGAUCUAGAUGAUUGUCAGAGCGAACGUGAUCGAUUAUUAUGCGACCAGUCUGAUGAUCAAAUUUGUUUUUACAAACAACACGAAACAUCUGUAUGAAAGGUGUGGGUGUGGAGAAAAUGACUACAGUUUCUUAUCUUAUCUUAUAUAAUACAGACGUUACUUCAAAAAAGAAGAUGAUAACGUCCUACGCGUCAUGCAUUUAGUCAUGCAUAUGAACCAAUGACCUAAAUUCUGCUAAGUCACUGGUUUUCCUGGCUGGCUCAUGCAACCCAUUCCAUGCUCUAAUAGCACUAGGGAAGAAGGAGAAUUUGUAAAAUUUGAAAUGUAAAGACUGUAAGUCUAUAUAUAUAUAUAUAUAGUUAAUGAUCAUGUGUAGAAAAAUUUAGAUUGACUAGAUCUACAAGUAGGCCUAUAUUAUAAAUUAAAAAUCCUAAAAAUAAUAAACAGUGAAUAUAGGCCUAAGUGUGGGGGUUUUUUAGGGGGUGGGGAUAUUUAUUAUUAUAUAUAU